ACGCGGUCGCCAAAAAAAAAAAAUAAAAAUUCAAAACUAUUCGGGGUGGUUUGGCUUUCUUCUACUUAUUUUCCGCUUUUCACAAUUUUAAUUUCUUGGCAAAAGAUCGCAAAAUUCGCAAACUACAGGCGAGACGACCGUGACCACGACAACAUUGUAGAAGAUCCGAAAGUUUUGAAUUACGCGAAUGACACGGGUGAAUCGAAAUCGCCACCUAAAACGUAAUAUCAUUUUAAGAUACCAAAAAAAAAUUAUAAUAUUCUAAGAUUCUAAAGCUUAAUGAGCUGUUAGACAUCUGGUUCCUCAAAGUUGUUGCUGUUGGUGUUCGUGCAAGAAAUUUCGAAAAAAUUGCAUAUUUUUGAAAUAAAUUCCGAAAGUUAAUUGCCUACGAUUCACGUCAUUAGAGGACCUGAAAUUUUAGCAAUAAAAUGCAAUUAACCAACAAAUGUUCGAAUAGUUUUUGGAGUGAAUUUCGUUUGAGGAAUUUCGGUUUCAACCAUGAUCAAUUGGACCAGUUCUACAGAUCACAGUGGCAAACGGGCGAAAGAAGUUUUCUCUUCCUGCUCUACCGAUGGAUUUGGGCUGCAUUCUUUCUGGGCGUCUUCCUCUCCUGCCUGGUCUUGCAAUUUUCCGAAGGCAAAUAUUUCAUCUUCCUAACGAAUUGGGGAAUAAUGCUGUGCACGGCGACACAGUUUGUAGCAGCCCUUCUGGCUACCCAAUGGUAUUUCGAUGUAGAUGCCGUCCGCUCAUCGGCCUAUGAAAUUAGCCAGCUGAAGAAAACACCAAGACUGAUUAAAUUCUAUUGGCUGCUGCACGAUGUUUCACUGCCGCUGGCGUUGAUCAUCACAACGAUUUAUUGGUCAUUUUUGCAUGGGAAAAUGAACAAACCCAAUCGCUUUCCCGUCAUGAGUUUUGUCACGCACUGCAUGAAUUCUGUCUUUAUGUUGGUGGAUUUCUUGGUGGUGGCAUUUCCGUUUCGUUUACUGCACACCAUCUAUGCCAUGCUCUUACCCAUCACAUUUUGUCUGUUUACAGUGGUCUACUUCUUUUGCGGGGGAACAGAUGAUUUUGGUAAUCAUUAUGUUUACCCCCUGUUGGAUUGGACAAAGCCUACCCGUGGCCUCAUAACGUUUGCUGGGGUGUUUGGCCUAUAUUGCAUUUAUUGUAUACUCCUGUAUGUCCUGUUCAAAUUUAAACGGUUUCUACAACGUUCACUGAGUGCAGUUUGGUCGCCACAUUGUGUGGGAUUGAUUUAAGGGGGGAGAUACUUUUAGCGAUAACAACAACAUUUUCAUUAGUUGUGAUUCGAAAUAGAAAGGGGGAGGGGAUCAAUGCAUGGAUGAAUCAACAAACAAGUGUUCCUGAUCAUAAAAUGAUGACGUUUUUUUGUGAUCACCACCACGAAACUUGCCUACCCUUUUCCCCCCUUUGAAUCACCAACAUUUCCAUUUCAAAUCUUUCAAAUUAUUCAUCGCCUGCUUUUCUAGAGGGGUAUAAAUUUAGCUUAAGAUUUCAUAAAGAAAAGUAUUACCAACACAUUCUCACGACAAUUUUAUUUUAUUUUUUUUAAUUUUUCCAUAUAAGAUAUAAAGACACUAUAAGUAUAUAAGUGAAACGUUUGGUAUAAUAACAGAUUUCCAAUUCAAUUUAUUUGAAUUUUGUCCAAUAAUUUUCAAACUUUAGUACGUAAGCCAGCAAAUCUUUUCCCUCCAAAAAAUAAAAUAGAUUUAAUCAAAGAAAAAUAUUAUUUCAGGUCAGACAACGUCCACUAAGUAUUAGAAUAUCGAUAUAACGAAUUGCAUGUAAAUUAGCUUAAGCUGUAUCUGUAGUUGUUGCAAGUAAAUAGAAAAAUUAUAUUUGUGUUCCUUAUAUACAUGUUUAUAUAUAAAUGAAAUAAAUGAUAAACAAUUGAA